AUGACGCAUCUCUCGGAGAAUUUUCGGCUGUCGCAGUUCUGGUACGACGAGAAAACUGGGCGCGCGUUAGCACAAGAGGCUAUCGACCACAGCAGUAGCGAGCUCAAAAUAGCAUUUGUGAGUACGCCUUCAGCUUAUCACGCCUUUCUUAAGAUCAUGAGCGAGAUGGAGGACAAGACGAAGCGGGACGCUAUGGGCAAUAACGUUUACAUCUUCGAGUACGACCGACGAUUCGGGGAGAAGUACGGCGAUCGUUUUUGUUUUUAUGAUUACAAUAAACCCACGGACCUGCCUGAAAAAUUUCAUCACUUUUUCGAUUACAUAUUGAUGGAGCCGCCACAUUUGAGCUCCAACUGCUUGGAAAAGUUCUCCAACACUAUGCGAUGGCUUGCUAGGGACGUGGAAAUUACGCCUGGAAAGAAAGAUCGCGUCAUCAACCCCUCCACAUUUAUUAACUCCCAACUUUUUCGGAAGGAGAUGAAAGCCGAUCUAGGUUUCACUCCCACGGGCUUUCUCCCAGUAUUUCAAUCAAAGUUGUCCAACAACCUUUUCACAUACACAAAUUACGAGUCAAAGCGGUUCGGACCUUGCGAGGUGUCUGACGGCGAGGAUAAUGCCUAUGACUAA